UCGUACUAUUGCUGCGUUCGCACGCACAACUUGCUUAAAUACAAAAGUUUUCUACAUGCGCUGAUUAUUUUCUCAACAGAAGUGUAGAUUUAUUGUCUGUGUGGACUGGUUUUGGAUUCGACUAUAUACAAAACGCGCACGCGGCACGCCUGAAACAGACAGACGGAGAAUGGGAGAGAGAAAAAGCCACAAUAGUAUGCGCGCAAUGGUAGCAGCUGUCCGACUAGCUGGGAAGCUCGUUCUGUCGUCUAACCAAUUGUGUGUCCCGACUGAUAAUGCACGCAACAAAGACAGGGCCUUUACAGGUGAUGGCGGGCCCGACAGAUUGGCGGAGCCACAGCCGAUCACGUGUAUGUCUGGUCUCGCGCUCCUCAGCGAGUGUGUUUUGAUAGCCAUCUCACAGCUGUGACGGCAAAACGCAAAGGCCAAGAAAACUCAGAAGUUAGUAGUUCGUAGCCGAGAGUGACUACGCUUAGUCUAGGCUAUAAUUAUGUUCAGUGAUAGCUGAUAGCAACGACCAUUUGAACGCCGCGUACAACAUAGCAGAGGGCAGUUGUUGCAGCUCAAACACAUGAUAUGCUUUCCGCGCAAUAAGGAUAUCUUAUCCCAGCUAUUGACCCAAACGACAGCAUACGGAGAGCAAGAGCAUCGCUUCGGCCACUUUUGGCAAACAGGGGCAGUUUGACGAGCAAGCCCGUACACGUCUGGAGUGCGAGCAGUAGCUAAAACAGUGUCCUCAUAUCAAGGGCAGCAGCUACUUCAACACAGACCCGGGUUCAAACGACGAAUACCAAAGCUUGGAGCAUCGUUUCUGAUUAUAAAAAGCAGCAGCUGCGGCCUCAACAGCUACGUCAACAGAUCUCGGGCUUACAUCGAAUUGUGUCAAUUGAGUCGAAAAUGAAGUACAUUUUGGUCACUGGAGGCGUGAUCUCAGGUAUUGGAAAAGGCGUAAUUUCAUCGUCGAUCGGUGCGAUCUUGAAAACAGCGGGCCUGCACGUGACAGCUAUUAAGAUUGAUCCGUAUAUCAAUAUAGAUGCGGGGACAUUUUCACCGUACGAACACGGUGAAGUGUUCGUGCUCAAUGAUGGUGGUGAGGUCGAUCUCGACCUCGGGAAUUACGAGCGAUUUCUCGACGUAACGUUAGCCCGAGACAAUAAUAUUACGACAGGGAAAAUCUACCAAAGUGUUAUUAAUAAGGAACGUAAAGGAGACUACCUUGGCAAAACAGUACAGGUGGUACCGCACAUUACGGACGCCAUCCAAAACUGGGUUGAGAGGGUUGCGAUGGUGCCGCUGGACGGCGUGCACGUUCCAGACGUAUGUAUUAUUGAGCUCGGUGGAACAAUUGGUGACAUCGAAGGUAUGGCGUUUAUCGAAGCCUUCCGCCAAUUUCGGUUUAGAGUGAAGAAGCGAAAUUUUUGCUCGGUUCACGUCUCUCUCGUACCUCAGCCGAAAAGUACGGGCGACAGCAAAACGAAACCAACUCAAAACAGCGUACGAGAACUCCGAGGACUCGGGAUCUCGCCCGAUAUCAUUGUUUGCCGGAGUGAGCAGCCGGUCAACGAGGAGAUUAAGGAUAAGAUUUCAAAUUUUUGUCACGUUCAACCUGAACAGGUAAUCUGUCUACAUGAUGUACCGAAUGUUUAUCAUGUGCCCGUAUUCCUCGAAAAAAACGGUCUCGUUAACCUGUUCGCGAAACAUCUCAAUCUGCAUGUCAAGCUUGACCAACAAGCGUUAAACGCAUGGAAAUCUCUAAUGUGGCGUAGUGACCGGGUCACCGAACCCGUGACAAUCGCCCUUGUCGGUAAGUACACAAAGUUUGAGGAUUCGUACUCAUCAGUAAUCAAAGCAUUGCAGCACUCAGCAUUGUUAGCCGAGCGUAAGCUGAAAAUCAAAAGUAUUGAUGCCGAGCAUUUGGAAAUCCAGACAAAAGAAACGGACUCUGUUAAAUAUUACGACGCGUGGAAAAACGUUUGUGAAGUGGAUGGCGUCCUCGUGCCAGGCGGUUUCGGAGUUCGCGGUGUCGAGGGCAAGAUUCUCGCCAUCAACUAUGCGCGAACCGCAAAAAAGCCGUUCCUUGGUGUGUGCCUCGGCUUCCAGUGUGCCGUUAUUGAGUUCGCUCGCAAUGUGCUCGGGCGUAAAGGCGCCACCUCAUUCGAGUUCGAUAAUGAAGCUACAGAUCCCAUCGUGAUCGAUAUGCCUGAACACCAUACGGGUCAGAUGGGUGGCACGAUGCGGCUAGGGUUACGCGAGUCCGUUUUUCAGACGCACGAUUCUGUUUUACGUAAACUGUACGGCAAUCAAGACGUCAUUCAAGAGCGUCACCGACAUCGCUACGAAGUAAAUCCGGCGUGUGUCGAUGAACUGGAAAAGAUGGGCCUGCGGUUUGUCGCCAAGGAUACUACCCUACAGCGUAUGGAAGUACUCGAGCUAGCUGAACACCCGUACUUUGUCGCUGUCCAGUAUCACCCCGAGUAUAUCUCGAGACCGCUGCGACCAAGCCCACCAUAUUAUGGUCUUAUCCUUGCUGCUACUGGCCAAUUGGACAAUCAUCUCUCGUCUUUAGAGUAAUGUCAUGACGUGCAACAGCGCAAAUGAGAUGGUAAGCUCAUUCCAAGAUUAAUCAUAGUUGGUAGCAGAUACGAGUCUAGCAAUGCUUUAUAAAUAAAAUUGUUUGUUUGUAUCUUGUUGCGACUGGAAGUCAUGCAAAUGUUUUGGCCUAAUAGGAAAUGAAUUAGGAGUGCUAAUUGAAUGAGCAUCUGGUUGAUUUUGUGACUUUUGUAAGUAAGAGUGGAAAGAAUUCUGCUGAUCAAUGCUAAAUGAGAACGUUUACAUGUAAGCCGAUAAUCACAUCACCACAUCAUUAUUUUAGACAUGAAUACAAGUGUAUGUGCUUUUCGUUAGCUUUUUUAAUAUGAACAAAUGCUCUUUAAUUCAUCCGUAUAUUUGACUUUGAUAUUCGUGCGUGUGCUUCUAGGCAUCUUAACAAAAUACAUUUUAGAUGUAUAGAUAGGCUUACUAUAUCUUGAUCUUUUGAAAAUAAAUGAUACAAAUAAUUAUCUUGUUAUUAUGCUAUUGUUGGGAGAGGAUGAAUGUCUACGUAAAUCCCGAAAUAACAAUGAGACUAUGCCCCUGAACUCGAUAAAACGGAGCCCCACUUAAUAAAUUUGUUUUUAA